UCAAAAACCCUAGCUUUGCUCUCUACAUCUCAGAGCUCUCUUUCUCUCCCCUCCAUGGCAUUUCUCGAGAAGCGCCAGGACGACGAUGCUAUCGGCAUUGACACCACUGAUCCCAACGCUCCUCUUCGCUACCUCUCCCUCGACCGUAUUUACUCCACGGCUUCUCUCUGUGUUGGAUCCAACGUCAUGUCCAAGAAGGUCAAAGCUCGGAAGCUCAUCGUCGGCGAUCCUCCUCCUCCUCUUCCUCCUCCUCCUCUUCCUCUUCCUCUUCCUCUUCCUCUUCCUCCUCCUCUUAAGUCACACAAGCCUCCUCUCUUACGCGUCUACACUCGCCGUCCUAAAAGCCCACCUACUGACACACCAACUAAGUCGUACUGUGGCUCUUUACAUGCUCGAGAUGGGGAAUCGGCUUCUCAGGUGGCAGCUAAACUUGAGAUUGCUGAAUUUGAAGAAGUUGGGGGGAGAGAAACGCAAGGGCAGAGUGGGCAUUUGAAUAAAAGGAGGAGAGUUGGGAGCAGUGAAUUGGUUAAAUUAGGGAUUAAUUCUAAUUCCACUGUUUUAUGGGAGCUUGAAAGGCCGCGAUUGAGAGAUUGCCGCAAUAAUAGCAAUGUUAAUAAGGGAAAUAGUGGGAGCUCCAGGAAGAGGAAGCGGGAUUGUACCAAAAAUCUGGAGAAAGAUUCAUCUAGUUCGAUCACAAAGAAAAAAUGGUUCAGGUUGAGUUUUGAUGGUGUUCAUCCAGAAGCAUUCAUUGGGUUGCGGUGCAAGGUCUUUUGGCCAUUGGAUGCUGAUUGGUAUAUGGGUCGAGUUGUUGGAUACAACUCUGAGAGUAAUAGACAUAGUGUUAAGUAUGAAGAUGGGGAUCAGGAAGAUUUGGUUCUUUCAAAUGAGAAUAUAAAGUUUUGUAUUUCUCUGGAGGAGAUGGGAUGCUUGAACCUUAGUUGCAAUGUUAAUGUUACUGAUAAUGAUGGCUAUCAUUAUGAUGAAAUGGUUGUGUUGGCUGCCUCUUUAGAUGACUGCCAAGGACUUGAGCCUGGGGAUAUCAUAUGGGCUAAACUCACUGGUCAUGCUAUGUGGCCAGCAAUUGUUGUGGAUGAAUCCCUUAUUGGUGGUUGCAAGGGUUUAAGCAAAAUUCAAGGAGGAAGAUCAGUUCCUGUACAAUUCUUUGGUACCCAUGAUUUUGCGAGAAUAAAACUGAAACAGGUGGUCUCAUUUCUCAAAGGGCUUCUCUCUUCCUUCCAUCUAAAGUGCAAGAAACCUCGUUUCACUUGGAGCUUGGAAGAAGCAAAAAGAUAUCUGAGCGAACGUAAACUUCCAAAAAGAAUGCAACAACUGCAAAAAAGAAUUGAUGCUGAUAAUCUUCAAUGCAAAAGUAAUGAGUAUGAAGAGAACACAGAGUCAGAUGAUGAUUCCAGAAAAGAUGAAGGGAUCCUGAGAGCUGCAGAACUUCUAGACUCUCCAUACGUAGAGGGGGAUUUACAAAUAAUAAAUCUUGGAGAGGUUGUUAAGGACUCAGAAUAUUUUCACGAUGAUGGAUUUUUCUGGCCUGAGGGGUAUACUGCCCUGAGGAAAUUUUCAUCAAUAACAGAUCCAAGUGUUUGUACUUUGUAUAAAAUGGAAGUGUUGAGAGACCCUCAAUCAAAGAAUCGACCUCUAUUUAGAGUGACAAUUGAUAAUGGAGAGCAGUUUGAAGGAUCAACUCCCUCAGCAUGCUGGAAUAGAAUAUAUAAAAGAAUACAAAAGAUACAAAAUGGUACUUCAGAUAGUGCUGAAGUUGAACUGGGAAGGAUCAGUGUAUCUGGUCCUGACAUGUUUGGUUUCUCAAAUCCUGAAGUUGUAAAACUAAUACAGGACUUGUCAAAAUCCAGACUUACUUCAAAGUUUUCUAAAUGCAAGCUGGGGUCUGGAAGAUAUAGAGAGCUGGCUGUCGGGUACAGACCUGUUCGAGUUAAGUGGAAAGACCUUGAUAAGUGCAGUGUAUGCCACAUGGAUGAGGAGUACGAGAACAAUCUUUUCCUGCAGUGUGACAAAUGCAGAAUAAUGGUCCAUGCUAGAUGCUAUGGAGAACUAGAACCUGUUGAUGGUGUACUGUGGCUGUGCAACCUAUGUCGCCCAGGGGCACCCGAGUCUCCACCUCCUUGCUGCCUUUGCCCUGUUGUUGGGGGUGCAAUGAAGCCUACAAUGGAUGGUCGCUGGGCUCAUUUGGCUUGUGCAAUAUGGAUACCUGAAACCUGCCUAUCUGAUGUCAAGCGAAUGGAGCCCAUUGAUGGGCUAAAUAGAAUCAACAAGGACCGUUGGAAGUUGUUAUGUAGCAUCUGUCAAGUAUCAUAUGGAGCCUGUAUCCAAUGUUCAAAUAGUACAUGUCGAGUAGCAUAUCAUCCCCUAUGUGCACGUGCUGCUGGUCUUUGCGUUGAGCUUGAGGAUGAGGACAGACUUCAUCUCCUGUCAGUGGAUGAUGAGGAUGAAGAUCAAUGCAUUCGUCUAGUUUCUUUUUGCAAGAAGCACAAACAACCAUCUAAUGAACGUAAGACAGUUGAUAAAUGGAUUUGUGGAAAACUGCAUCAAUGUUAUGACUACAUUCCUCCAAUUAAUCCAUCUGGCUGUGCCCGUACUGAGCCUUACAAUCAUUUGGGGAGAAGGGGCCGGAAAGAGCCUGAAGCUCUAGCUGCUGCAUCCUUGAAGCGCCUGUUUGUAGAGAAUCAACCUUACUUGGUUGGUGGGUACUGCCAACGUGGGGUGCCAGCCAGCAUGGUUCCUUACAGUAGGGUUACUGGCCUGAAAAUCUCUUCUGGUCUUCACAGGCUAAAAGCAUUCCAGCCUUAUUCUGUGGACAACAUUCUUUCUGCGGCUGACAAAUAUAAGUACAUGAGGGAGACUUUUAGAAAGAGAUUGGCAUUUGGUAAAUCUGGGAUUCAUGGGUUUGGCAUCUUUGCAAAGCAUCCACACAGGGCAGGUGACAUGGUGAUUGAAUACACUGGUGAGCUUGUUAGACCAUCUAUAGCUGACAGAAGAGAACAUUUAAUAUACAAUUCAUUAGUGGGUGCGGGGACUUAUAUGUUUAGAAUCAAUGCUGAGCGAGUGACUGAUGCUACAAGGGCAGGAAGCAUUGCACAUCUAAUUAAUCACUCAUGUGAACCAAAUUGCUACUCAAGACUUAUAACUGUUAAUGGUGAUGAACAUGUUAUCAUAUUUGCAAAGAGAGAUAUUAAGAGAUGGGAAGAAUUGACCUAUGAUUAUAGGUUCUUUUCCAUUGAUGAGCGUCUGGCAUGCUAUUGUGGCUUCCCAAGUUGUCAAGGGGUUGUCAAUGACACUGAAUCUGAGGAGCAAGUGGCGAAGAAGAUAUAUGUACCCCGCAAUGAAUUAACUGAGUGAAGGACACAAUGAGGAAGAUAUUUCUUGCGUGGGUCUGGCUGGAUCUUGUACAUUUUUUGUCCACUUCAUUAAUACCCGAGACAGAGCAAUUUUUUCUUUAGCUGUUUUGCUUCCCCCAAUAUAGAAUAUACUAUUUUGGAAAGGCAUUGUGCCAUUAUCAAGAAACUAAUUAAAUAACCAUUUAACUCAUUAUUGAUUGAUUAGCCUGUAACAUAGUAGUCAUAGGAAUCCAAAUAUUCCUCAAUGCAUCAAUUGUUUUGUUUUGUUUUGUUUUGUUUUGUUUUGUUUUGUUUUGUGUGUAAAAGCAUAUUCAAAAUAUGAAGAAAAAAAAAAGGGAAGA